CACGCGGUACCACGCGGUGAUCAAUAGCGUAUGGCUAUAAAAGUUUCGCGGCAUAACAUUUUAAUGAAAUAAUUUGUAGGUUAAAUGGGUCGCAAAGGAAAAUUUGAUAAAGACCUCAGUGGUCGUGGAAGGAAGGCAAAGAAACAGAGUGAUCCAACAUUUCCAAAAGGAAUUCUAGGUAACGAAUUUAGUACAUUAAGUCACCGGCAGAAACAAAGAGCAAGGAAAAGGCUAUUGAAGAAUCAACAGCUAAAAGAAAAUGCAAAGAAAUUGCUCAAAAAGAAAACUACUGUGGAAGAACAACAAGUACAGUCAAAAAAUAGGGAAGACAUAUUAAAACAGCAGAAAGAGAAGAAGGAGAAGAAAGUAAAGUUUGUCAAUGAGAAAAGAGAUGAGAUGGUAAUCCAAUCUAAUCUGAGCUCAAAGCUAAAAACAAAAAUAAAACAAAAUAAGCAGAAAACAAAAGGGAAACAGAAAGAUAUAAUCAAAAAUGUAGAAAAUGAUAGUAAUAAGAAUCAUCACAGUAAAGACGAUAAAAUGAAAAUAUAUUCCAAUAAUCAAGUAUCGAAGCUAAGUAAGAAAGCCAAACAAAAUAAAAAACCGAAAAGCAUGAAAACUAAGACCAAUAUAAAAAGUGAAAGUUAUAGUGGUAAUAAUUAUAGUGAAGAUGAAGAAAUGGAAAUAUGCUCUAAUAAACAAGUAACCAAACUAGGCAAAAAAGCAAAGCAAAGCAAAAAUAAAAAUAUGAAAGUUAAGACCAGUAUAAAAAAUGAAAGUUUUAGUGUUAAUAAUCCUAGUGAAGAUGAAGAAAUGGAAAUAUAUUCUAAUAAACAAGUAACUAAACUAGGCAAGAAAGCAAAGCAAAGCAAAAAGAAGAAAAACAUGAAAGUUAAGAGCAACAAAGAAAGUGAAGAUGAUGAUAAUAUGUUAUUUAAUGACGAUGAUGAAAUUGAGGAAGAUGAAGAUGAACAAAUGGAUGAAGUGAAUGCGAGUGAGGAUGAAAAAGAAACAAGUGAGAAUGAAGAGGAUAUGAGCGAGAGUGAAGAGGAUAUAAGUGAGAAUGAAGAGGAUACGAGCGAGAAUGGAGAGGAUACGAGCGAGAAUGAAGAGGAUACGAGCGAGAAUGAAGAGGAUACGAGCGAGAAUGAAGAGGAUACGAGCGAGAAUGAAGAGGAUACGAGCGAGAAUGAAAAGUAUACGAGCGAGAAUGAAGAGGAUAUGAGCAAGGAUAAUAAUAAAUUGCUUUCUGCAACAAAGUCAAAGAAAAAUUUGAAGAAAACAAAAAAAUUUAUGGAGGAUAAUAUAGAAAGUGACAGUGAAGAGAUGGUUUCCAGUGACGAGGAAGAAUCUACCGAAGAUGAACAAAUGGAGGAAGAUGAAGAAGAAAAUGAUGAAAGUGAUGAUGAUGACUUACUUCCAAUAGAAAAAGCUAAUAAAAAACUGAAAAAGAAAAAAGAGAAAGAACAAAAGCUUGCUGAGGAAGAAAUGGAAGAUAUGAUGGUACAUCAAAGUGUAUUCUCUUUUCCAACGGACGAAGAACUUACCAAUGUUACUAAUUUAAAAGAUAUUCAGCAACGAAUACGAGACGUUAUCAUGGUGUUAUCAGAUUUCAAGAAAUUACGGGAGAAAAAUAGAUCACGUUCUGAAUAUACUGAACUACUUCGAAUGGACUUACGUACAUAUUACAGUUAUAACGAUUUCCUAAUGGAAAAAUUGAUGCAAAUGUUCCCACUAGAUGAGUUACUAGAAUUUUUGGAAGCGAGUGAAGUACAAAGACCUAUGACUAUCCGAGCGAAUACUUUGAAAACCAGACGACGCGAUCUAGCUGAGGCUCUCAUCAAUAGGGGUGUUAAUCUUGACCCAAUAGGAAAAUGGACAAAAAUUGGUUUAGUAGUGUAUUCCUCACAAGUGCCUAUGGGCGCAACACCAGAAUAUCUAGCUGGACAUUAUAUGAUACAAGGCGCUUCUAGCUUCUUGCCUGUAAUGGCGUUAGACCCGAAAGAAAAUGAAAGAAUUCUUGAUAUGUGUGCUGCACCAGGCGGUAAAGCCUCGCACAUUGCUGCUAUUAUGAAAAAUACUGGAACUCUAUUCGCUAACGAUUUAAAUAAAGAACGAUUGAAAGCUGUUGUUGGCAAUUUCCAUAGACUUGGUAUUGUCAAUUGUGUAAUCUGUAGUUAUGACGGGCGAAAAUUCCCUACGAUUAUAAAAGGCUUUGACAGAGUCUUAUUGGAUGCUCCGUGUACAGGUACAGGAGUAGUCGCAAAAGAUCCUAGUGUAAAAGUGAAUAAGGCGGAAGUAGACAUUCAACGCUGUUGCACAUUACAAAGAGAACUGUUAUUAGCUGCGAUUGAUUGUGUUAACGCGCGUUCGGAAUCAGGUGGUAUUAUUGUUUAUUCGACCUGUUCGAUUCUACCAGAGGAGAACGAAUGGAUCAUCGAUUACGCUCUUAAGAAGCGCGACGUUAAGUUACUACCUACUGGUUUGGAAUUUGGAACUGAUGGUUUCACGAGUUACAGACAAUAUCGAUUUCAUCCCUCACUGAAAUUAACUAAACGGUUUUAUCCGCAUGUACAUAAUAUGGAUGGUUUCUUUGUAGCAAAACUAAAAAAAUUCUCCAACAAUAUUCUUAAUCAAAAAAAUGUAAAGGAAGAAGCGUCUGAUUAAAAUUUUCUUGAUUUG